CAUGAAUUAAUAGAUAUCAUAGGAAUAUUUCAUUCAGAAAUUUUCAUCUUUACAUUUGAGUGAGAGUAAGAAUAAAAUUGAUUGUAGCUGAUGAUGAUACUUCAAGAAAUGAGAGUCCGGUUUUGGAUUCUAGAUUAAUGGAGUUUGUGAGUGGAUUGGCAGCUCAUAUAAAAAUAAAAUUAGAAAAUUUCAAACCCAGCUAAAACUCUUAACUUUCUAAACAAAACGAUGGUAGUAUAUACUUUGGUGUGAUGGAGGAUAGCCUAAAACAUGGAAUAGGUAUUUAACUAUGGCCUAAAAUUGGAAAUUUAUUAAAAGGGUAUAAAUGAAUAUUUAAGUUUUCUUAGGACUUGGUAAAAUGAUUUACUGGAAGGUGUAUGUACAAUGUUUUAUUCUAAUGGAGAUAUGUAAGUAUAAUAAUUUUAUAGUAGUUUUGAAGCUCAAUUCUCAUAAGGUAGGGCUAUUGGAUUUGGUAUGUUUAAAUCGGAAAAAAAAGUUGUAAAAGGUAUAAAUAUUUGUAAUUUAUUUUAGGAAUCUGGAUCAACAAUCAGCUUUAAGGUGAAGGAUAAGAGAUAAGGAAUGAUGGGACUACUUAUUAUGGAUAGUUUUGGGAUGGCAGGAAGCAUGGGAGAGGCAUAUAAUUAUUUCCUGAUGGAUGCAAGUAUAAUUCUUAUAUAAAUCUUUAGAUAUGAAGGAUUCUUUCAAAAUAAUAAAUUUGAAGGAGAUGGUCUAUUUACAUGGAGUGAUGGUAGUUAUUACUAAGGUCAAUUUCAUAGAGGAUUAAUUUUAGGAUUUGGUAAUUACAAUAAUAAUAAUGGACUUUAAUUAAUGGGACAGGUAUUAUAUUUUAAUUAAGUUUAUUAGUUUUAAGAAAUUAAAAAAAAAAAAUUGUUAGAAUAGAAUCUCAAUAAAAAUCUAUAAACCAUAACAUUUUUGAAUUAAUAUAACUAAACAUUGCUAAUCGAAAAGAUACGCAUUCUCUGA